AUGUCUCGCCAAUCCUGCGCUCUGGGGAAGAGCUUCGGCUCCAGCUCCGUCUGUUUCGGGGGCAAGACCAAGGUCGCCUUCGGCGGCCGGGGGUCGUGCCGGGGGUCCGGCUUCGGCAGCAGGAGCGUUUACAGCCUGGGGGGGAGCAAAAGCGGCGCCCUGGGGGGGCUCGGGGGGGCCGCCGGGCUCUGCAGGGGCUUCGGGGGCGGCCAAGGGGGCUUCGGGGGCGGCGCGGGGUUCGGGGGGGGCUUCGGCGGGGGGAGCUUCCCCGGCGGCUUCGGGGGCUUCGGGGGGGGCUUCGAGGCGGGGCUGGGGGGCCAAGGCUUCCCCACGUGCCCCCCCGGCGGCAUCAGGGAGGUGACCAUCAACCAGAGCCUCCUGGCCCCCCUGAACCUGGAGAUCGACCCCGAGAUCCAGCGGGUGCGGGCGCAGGAGAGGGAGGAGAUGAAGCAGCUCAACGACAAGUUCGCCUCCUUCAUCGACAAGGUGCGAUUCCUGGAGCAGCAGAACCGAGUCCUGGAGACCAAGUGGAAGCUGCUGCAGGAGCAGGGGGGGGUCGGCCCGGGGGGCAGGAGCCUGGAGCCCCUGUUUGAGGCCUUCGUCAGCGCUCUCCGCAGGCAGCUCGACUCCCUCUCCGGGGAGAAGCUCCAGCUGCAAUCGGAGCUCAAGAGCUCCCAGGACACGGUCGAGGAGUUCAAGACCAAGUACGAGGAGGAGAUCAACAAACGCACGGCGGACGAGAACGACUUCGUGUCCUCAAGAAGGUCCAGGCCUUAUGACGUGGACGGGGCCUACAUGGUCAAGGUGGAGCCAGGCAAAGUGGAUUCCCUGCUGGAAGAGAUCAACUUCCUCAAGUGCCUGUACGAGGCGGAGCUGUCCCAGAUGCAGAAGACGGUGUCGGACACCUCGGUGGUGCUUUCCAUGGACAACAACCGGGAGGACCUGGACAGCAUCAUCGCCGAGGUGAAGGCGCAGUACGAGGACAUCGCCAACCGCAGCCGCGCAGGCCGAGGCUGGUACCGGGGCAAGUACGAGGAGCUGCAGGUGAGCGCCGGCAAACACGGGGACAGCCUGAGGGACACCAAGGCCGAGAUCUCGGAGCUCAACCGGAUGGUCCAGAGGAUCCGCGCCGAGAUCGACAGCGUGAAGAAGCAGUGCGAGACCCUCCAGACGAGCAUCGCGGACGCGGAGCAGCGCGGGGGGGCCCUGAAGGACGCCCAGGCCAAACUGGCCGAGCUGGAGAGCGCCCUGCAGAAGGCCAAGGCCGACCUGGCCCGGCAGCUCCGGGAGCACCAGGAGCUCAUGAACGUCAAACUGGCCCUGGACGUGGAGAUCGCGACCUACAGGAAGCUGCUGGAAGGGGAGGAGUGCAGGAUGUCUGGGGAAUGCCAGAGCUCCGUCAGCAUCUCCGUGGUGGGCGGCAGCAGCUCCGUGGGAGGCGGAUACGGCGGCGGGAUGUGCCUCGGAGGAGGAGGAAUCGGAUUCGGGAGCGGCAAAGGCGGCUGCUCCGCGGGCGGAGCCGGGCUCUGCUUCAGCCUGGGAGGGGGAGGAUUGGGAGCCGGGAGCGGAUUCGGCUCCGCGGGGUCCGGGUUUGGCUCCGUGGGCGGGGGCUCCAGCGGUGGUGGUGGGGUCCGGCACCCUCCUGAAGAACAGCGGCUCUCCCGGCCGGAGGGUGUAGGGACGGGAUCCCUCCCCCGGCCCCAUUCCCAGCACCCGCGGAGAAAGGACGGGAAUUCCACCGAGAGCCCCAGAGCAUCCCGAGUCCUUUGGAACCAUCCCUGGGACCGGGGGGGGGAGGAAAACACGGCCAGACCCACCGCUGAGGAUGGAGAUUCCCAAAAACAUGGACAGACUCACCUGCUGAGGAUGGAGAUUCCCAAAAACACGACCAGACCCACCUGCUGA